GAGUGAUUGAUAGAUAGAUAGAUAGAGUGAUUGAUUGAUAGAGUGAUUGAUUGAUAGAUAGAUAGAGUGAGUGAAAAGCAGAGGAGGGAAGAAGAGAGAAAGCAAAGGAGAAAGAGGGAGGGAGGAGUAAAGGGGAAAGAAAGAGGAGGGAGACAAAGGGAAACAAGUGGGAAGGAGAGAGAGAGAAAGGGAAACGAGAGAGAGUGGGGGAGGAUUGAAAUUUAACUUGAAAAGCAGGAAAAGGCACAUUCCAAAGGAUAGAGAAGAACCAUACAGAGCUACUGUGGGCACUCAGUGAGGAGCCCUGGCUGAGGCGGGAUGCCCCGGGAGAGGGAGGAAGGACAGAUUCGUUCCCAAAGGGAGGUGGUGUCAGGGGGUAGCCAACUGGGAGCUGGGUCUGGGUCACUGCCCAUCCACCGGCACAGGGAGCGGCUGGUUCAGGCGGUCAGAGAUCAUCCCUUCCUGAUUGUGACUGGGGAAACAGGCAGUGGGAAGACCACACAGUUACCGCAGUACCUAUACCAGGCAGGACUCGGACGACACGGCGCCAUCGGGGUCACACAGCCCCGAAGAGUGGCUGCGAUUUCUGUGGCCCUCCGAGUAGCGGAGGAGAUGGCCUGUCCUCUGGGGAGCAGAGUGGGUUACCAGGUCCGCUUUGAUGACUGCACCUCUGAGGAGACGGCAAUAAAGUACAUGACCGAUGGCUGUUUGCUUCGGGAGAUUCUUCAGGACCCUUGCCUCAGCCGAUACAGCGUCAUCAUCCUGGACGAGGCCCACGAGAGGAGCCUCAGCACAGAUAUUCUCUUUGGUUUGCUCAGGUGCCAGUCGGCCUGGGCGCCAGUGUUGCGAGAGCGCGAGGUGCCCCUGAAGAUCAUUGUGAUGUCAGCGACGCUGGAGGUGGAGAAGCUCACCCAGUUCCUGGGUGGUUGUCCCGUUUGUCACGUGUCUGGCAGGAUGUACCCCGUCGAGGAAAUAUUCUGCAACCUGAUUGGACCAAAGGACAAAGAGGGCUCGGGCUUGGUGAAAGAGGUUGCAGACGUCACGGUGGAUAUUCACAUGAAUGAAUCCGAAGGAGACAUCCUUGUGUUUUUAACAGGGCAGUCUGAGAUUGAGCGAGCAUGUGACUUGCUUUUCCAGAAGGGAGAAUCAAUCAAUUACCGGUAUGAUGUGAGAGAUAGAUCAAUCGAAGGGCUGCUCAUACUGCCACUAUAUGGAUCUAUGUCAACAGAUCAACAGAGGAAGGUUUUUCUUCCUGCUCCACCUCACAUUCGGAAAUGCGUCGUUGCUACGAAUAUCGCGGCCACUUCCCUGACUAUUAAUGGAAUAAGAUACGUCGUAGAUUGUGGUUUUGUGAAGCAGCUGAAUCACAAUCCACGUGUUGGACUUGACAUACUGGAGGUGGUUCCAAUAUCAAAGAGUGAAGCUGUGCAACGAGCAGGAAGAGCUGGGAGAACAUCUGCUGGAAAAUGUUACAGGAUUUACAGCAAAUUAUUCUGGGAGACAUGCAUGCCUGAUCACAUGGUCCCGGAGAUCCAGAGAACAAGUUUAUCAUUUGUGAUCCUUACCCUGAAGUGUCUUGGUGUGAACAAUGUUAUAGGGUUUCCUUACCUCGAUAGCCCAGAGGAGAGGCACAUCCUGGAGGCACUGAAGAACCUCUACCAGAAUGAUGCAAUUGACAGGUCAGGCUGUGUGACCAAACUUGGGCGGCUGAUGGUUGAGUUUCCUCUCCGGCCGUCUCUGACCCGGGCACUGAUAAAAGCCGCGGCCAUAGGCUGCGAAUAUCUUUUGCUUCCAGUGGCUGCCAUGCUGUCAGUGGAAAGCGUUUUCAUUCGACCAGGGAAGCCAGAGAAACAGCAGGAAGCCGAGCUGAGGCACCGGGAACUGGCCCUGGAGGCUGGGGGCAGCAAUGACUUUGUCACCUUACUCAACGUAUUCGAGAAGUGCAGAGGGAGUGAUUCACCGGCUUCCUGGUGCCGUGAACAUUGGAUCCACUGGCGAGCGAUGAAGACUGCAUUUAAUGUGGAGACACAGCUACGAGAAAUACUCGAUAAACUGAAACAGAAGAAGGACUUUCCCUCAAAGACCUUCAAUGGCUCCAGGUCUGAGCUGCUGAGAAGAUGUUUGUGCGCUGGGUAUUUCUGCAACGUGGCCAGAAGGUCUGUUGGUAAAACCUUUCACACCAUGGAUGGACACGGAUCAGUUGUCCACAUUCAUCCGUCCUCUAUUCUGUUUGAUCAAGAAAGCCAGCUUGAUUGGAUCAUCUUUCAUGACGUUAUGGCCACAUCAAAGAUUUAUGUGCGAACACUCUGUCCAGUCCGUUAUGAGUGGGUGAAGGAUCUGCUGCCCAAGUUACAUGAGGUUGAUGUGUACCAGCUGAGCAGCAUAGCAAAGGAUGAGGUGGCAGUGAGCACCACCCAACCAAGAGAGGCAUUAAACAAGACCAAAAAACAAGCAGAGCAAACCCUAGAAGCAGCCCAAAAGAAGCUGGAAAAGAGGAACGAUGAGAAAUCUAUAUCUGAUGCUCGGACUAGAUAUCUACAGCGCAAAUUAGACAAGUCACAGCAGAAUUGGAUGGGCCAGUGAAGGUUCAGAGGAGCUGGUGGAAGAUGAAAAUCGUCUCAUUUAGAUCCCACUGCAUCACAACGGAUGAAUGAUGUAGAUGCUAACAGCUGUUAGGUUCCUCAGGAUAAAGGUUCCAAAUAAUCUUUGGAAAAUUUAGUGAAUACUAGUUCAGUGCCUGUGUCAAUGCAUCUGUGGAAUUGAGGCCAAAUGUACCACUCCUAUAGUGGAGGCAGAGAUUGGGCAAUUUAUUCUAAAGGUGUACAUUCUUACUUUUAAAAUAUAUUUCUGUUAUGAAUUCCACAUUUACAGCAAAAAGAUCAACAUUAAUGUGUCACGCAUCUAAUCAUCUUCUGUCUUGAGGUAGAUGCCAUUGCAACAUGACUAGAGUUUGUGCAGUUUCUGUUACAAAUGAGCCCCAUACACCAACCUGUCAAAGCCUUUUCAAUUGAUGGCUCUGUUCUUCAACAUAUUUACAUCAAACAGUCCACAACCUCUAGUGUUGCCACCUGAGAGCUGCAAUAUUACCUGUGCCUUGAAUUUCUGUCAGACAGAUAUUAGCAACCGAAUAUUCAAAAUGUAACUAGCCAGGCUUGCAUCCAUUUUGGAGUGUAGUGGUCAGAGGCGGUUCAUGUGAGUUUGUUAUCGAUACAGUAAUAUUUGCUUAACAAAGCAUGUUUGUAUUUCCUUUAAAUGUACAAAUCCCUCCACAGCACUUCAGUUUAGGUGAAAAAGCAAAUGAAAUUAAUAAAUGACGGCUAUUGCAAGACUUUAUGAAUGGAUGCUAUGAUAAAGUAAUUUGUAUAUAUUAAAAUCUCAGUUAUUUUUAUAUAAUGAAAUUAAG